AGCGUUUUCAUUUCCCACUCUCUUUCUGUUCCCGGUUCUGUUCUAUAUCGUCUUCCUGGAGCGGUUUACGUGCGCGCUGUCAUUCAGAAAUAUUACAGUCUGCGCUCACGUGUUUUCGCAGUAGCCGUAAUAUUUUUCUUUUUUCUCUGUUUAAUGCAUUUACAGUUGUACUUUUACGGCUUCUGUACUUUGUCUAAGUUACGUAGUACAGGUUCGCGUCUCUUUACAUUUGUGAAUGAGUCAAGCUUUGAAUCACGGAUUGAGUUGUCGAAAACUUAAAGUUACUGGAAAGAAGGAGGAAAGCGGCUUUGCCUCGUAACGGGAGACUUAACCAGCAGAUAACCAGCAGAUAACCAGCAGAUAACCAGCAGAUAACCAGUAGAUAACAAGCGGAUAACCAGUAGAUAACCAGUAGAUAAACAGCGGAUAACAUCCUGAGGAUUUCUCCUUUUUUCUGGCAGUUUUACAAUUGAUCUUUUUCUUCCUGAAAACUAAACCAUAAUGGAGCUUCUCUGGGUCUGUGUGUUGCUGGAGAUGGUCCUGAUGUCCACGGCUGCUAGGGGUCCCCCCAGGGUGUCGGAGCGGGUCACGCACCGGCAGAGCGCGCGCCUCGGCCGCACCAUGAAGCUGCCGUGCCCCGUGGAGAGCGACCCGCUGCCGCUCAUCAUGUGGACCAAGGACGGCCGCAACAUCCACAGCGGCUGGACGCGCUUCCGGGUGCAGCAGCACGGGCUGCGCAUCAAGGAGGUGGAGGCGGACGACGCCGGCACCUACGUGUGCAAGGCCACCAACGGGUUCGGCAGCGUCAAAGUCAACUACACGCUCAUCAUCAUCGACGACUCCAGUUCCAGAGGUGGAGCGGGGACGGCCAACGGGGACUCGGAGCACGUCCCGGAGCUGGCGGGGAAGCUAGUGCGUCCACGCUUCACUCAGCCCGCGAAGAUGAGGAAGCGCGUGAUCGCCCGGCCGGUGGGCAGCUCCGUGCGCCUGAAGUGCACCGCCAACGGAAACCCCCGGCCGGACAUCGUCUGGCUGAAGGACAGUCGGCCGCUGGCGAACGAGGACAGCGGAGCUGGAGGAGGAGGAGGAGGAGGAGGAGGAGAGGGCAAGAAGAAGAAGUGGACUCUGAGUCUGAAGAACCUGACGCCGGAGCACAGCGGGAAGUACACGUGCCACGUGUCCAACAAAGCAGGAGAGAUCAACGCCACCUACAAAGUGGAAGUCAUACAGCGGACCAACUCUAAGCCUGUUCUCACCGGUACCCACCCCGUCAACACCACUGUGGACUACGGAGGGACCACAUCGUUCCAGUGUAAAGUCCGCAGUGACGUCAAGCCGGUUAUACAGUGGCUCAAAAGAGUGGAGUCCGGUGACGAGGACAAGUUCAACUCCACCAUCGAGGUUGGAGACCACCGCUUCGUGGUUCUGCCCACGGGCGAGGUGUGGUCGCGUCCUGACGGGUCGUACCUCAACAAGCUCCUGAUCACCAGAGCCAAGGAGGAAGAUGCCGGCAUGUAUAUCUGCCUGGGAGCUAAUACCAUGGGCUACAGCUUCCGGAGCGCCUACCUGACCGUGCUGCCAGAUCAAAAACUCCAGCCCAACUCUGUUCCCAUAUCGACGUCCCCGAGCCUCCCGUGGCCCGUUAUUAUCGGAAUACCCGCUGGAGUGGCCUUCAUCCUGGGCAUCGCCCUCCUCUGGUUCUGCCAGUCCAAGCGCUCGUGCUCCUCCUCCUCCUCCUCUUCGCCCUCCUCCGCUCUUCCCGCCGCCCAGCGCCCUCCGGUGCCGAGCCGGGACCGAGCCGGUCCGACGGUGCCGCCCCAGCUCCCCGCCGGGGACAAGGACUGCCUCUCGUACGAGGACUACGUCGCCCAUCAGCAGCUGCUCCUGGCUCAGGGGGGCGCUGGGUUAGCCACGAAGGUCUACCCCAAGAUCUACACAGACAUUCACACGCACACGCACUCACACGUGGACGGGAAGGUGCACCAACACCAGCACAUCCACUACCAGUGUUAGCAGCAAGGCUGACGGCGACCUGGACUCGGCCACAGCAGCCGCCGGAGAGACCGAGGUCCCAGACACGUGGGAUCAUGCAGCUCUUUCACUCUGCCUCAGCUGUGUGCUGUGUGUAAAUGGACGUAUUCACACAAAUAAUGAAGAAUGUAAAGAAAGAAGACAGAUCUUUAUUUUUAGCCAACAGGGGAGCCGUUCUGUUGAAAUGUAAAAGAGAAAUACAGACGCACGUUCUGCUCAAGCCUUUCGUUCUGUAAAACCUUUUCUACAUACUUAUAAAUCUGUCACCUUUGACUCUGAGGCCUCAUUGAAGCUUUGAGGUAACUUUAGAACAAACAUUGAGUUUAUUGGUCACUUAUGCACCGCGUUAACACAGAUCACAGCUCACUUACACUACAAGGCUCUAAAUAUAACCAGUCCUGUAUAUAGUGUAACAUGAUUAUAUGGCAUUAAGAACAUUACUUCUUCCUGGAUAACCUGUAGAAAGCAUUACAGCAUGUGUGUAAUGUCGCUUCAUUUCAGAGUAGAUCUCAGGCGUCAGCCCAACUGAGCCAUGGCCUCCACCGUUCGUACCAUUCGAAUCAGCUGCUAUCCAGGUGCUACGUGACGCCAGACUAGGCUUUAGGAUGCAGCUUGUGUCCUUUUUUUCAUUUACUGACAUGGAAAAUGGUGGCGUUUCCUGUUAGCGUCUACAUUUCAGCCGUUUGAUGCUUCCCCGUCUGUCAACAGAAAGAUGAGUGAUCAUUUCUCAUCAAAGCAUUUGCCGAAUGCUUCUGUGCAGCAGCACAAAGAAAUCUAAAAUAAUACCUCUGUCUAAAACUGUGCCUUUUCAGAAUUUUUUUUAAGUCGACUCUUCUUCAAGUGCCACGUGAGAUGAGGGGGUUUCUUGAAUGGCACACGGGUGUGGACGUACAGUCUAAUAGCAUCCCGUUGAACUCUAUGCAGUCGCCUCUAACCAGCCACAGAUCCAUAAGCUGCAACAAGCUGCAACAGCGAUUUGAUGUGACACAUUCUACGAUGUUUAUCCUGCGUGUUUGCAUUAACUUGUCUAAGUGUUUCAGUGCUUUAAACAAUGGGAUCCACACUUUUGUUUCAAAGCCAUUUACAUGUGUUGUUAAUUUGGCCUCACGCCCCCGAUGCUAAGCCUCAGCAGGUGUUUUUGGUCCUUUUGGCUGAUUACUUCCUUUCAGGACUACGUGUGUAAGCACACUUGAUAUUUCCCUCACUAUAGAGCCCCUGAUUCUCAUUAACGCAUGGUGUUUGUUAAACCUGCCAGUUCUGAGCUUCCUGGCGUCCUCGUAAACAAAGAGCUAAUUAACCUAAAACACCUGUGUAGGUGAGCAAGGUUUUCAUCUGCCGCUGUCAUCAGUUACAAUUGAUCAGACCCAAGGCGCGGGGUGUCGUGGAUUCGACCCAGUGAUUGUAAUGAAAAAUGGGUCAAGAUCCAUCUGCAGAACUGUCGGUACAACACAGGCUCAAGAAUCUGACCACUAUAUGACGGCUGCUUGAAAUUCCAACCUAACAUUUGGUGUAGGUUUAUGUGGUUGAGUUUUUUUAAAGAAAUGCAGGAGUUUCAAAUGUGAACUGUGAGUAAAACUGCUUUGAUUGUGUUAUCAGUGUUUCUGCAGAUCUUCCUCACAGCGACAUCUCCUAACAAGUUGGACAUGUUGCUAUGGAACACACACCCAUACAUUGUGUUUGUCCAGAGGAGGUCAGCGCAGGCCUCAGCUUUUGUGUCGUUUAAAUCUGGACUGUUAAGUUUGUAAUUGAACUGCGUGACGUGGUUUGUAUUGUUUUAUACCUUCCGCCUUUAAACCAAGAUGAGCCGCACUCUAAUCGUGGCACAAAGAUCUGUCCGAGCAGAUUAAUGAAAUAACGUGUGCCUCUCGAAGCGCUUUUCUAUGAAAAUACCAUGUGAUAGGACUGCGUUUGUUCUCUCUUCUUGAGUUGUUGUUCCAUAUUUUGUCCUGUGUGUUUAGUCAAACUGUCCUAGUAUCAUUCUGGUUUUAUGUUUCAAAGCUAAAGUACUGCCAACGAACCGACUGUCUGUAUGUGCACUUACCACUAGCAUGAACAUGGCCUGGCGUUAGUGUGGGAGCUCUAGAUGAAUUAGCGAGGAUGCUUCAUGACUGGAGCAUCGUUGGCCCCACAGAACAACAGAAAUGCUUAUUUGUCUCAUGACCUAAAUAACGUUUAUCUCUAAUUUAUUUUCCGAAAGCUGUGUUGUUUCCUAUAACUGGGCAUUAUACUGCAUGAGUAGAUUUGCAUCGUAAUCACAUGUAAGCUAUGUAGCACAUACCGUGUUCAUGUCGUUGUAAAAUACUGUAUUUAUACAUCCUGACAGAAUAUUCAAAACUUAUUGAUAAUCUUUGUAUCGACAAUCUUGUACAGUUCAUUGUCCUUUUUAAAUUUUGUUUCUUCCCAUUGUAAUCGUGUUAUUGGUGCCAUUAAAAAAAGUUCAAUCCA